AUGGCUAGUUCCGCGGGUGCAGCGGCGCAUCCUCAUGAACUGGCCCCAGCCGAACGCAAAAGAUUCUUAUCGCUUUGUCUCUUUCAGCAUAUCAGCAUGUACAAGCUUGUGAAUAUCGACAUUUCGGACAUUAAAGAUGAUGUGCAGUUGACUAAUAAGAUAUACAAUGUCUACAAUGAUGUACGCGCAAAUCGAUUUCUCAACUGGCUACACAUGCGUACCGGCGCAGCAUGGGUUGGUCGGCUGAAAGAGGCGAAUAUACUUGCGCACCCAACAAGGAUCCGGCUGAUAGAAUUUGAGAUUUUUGCCUCAGAGACGGGAACUUGUGUAUACCCACACAGCAUGAAGGACGCAUGGGAGAUGUCUCCCCAUCUCUGGCAAGAAUACGAAUGCAAACCUGUCCCAGAAAAGUGCUUCAAGCUCAACAAGCUCAACAUUGAAGCUCGCAUGGGAACGCCCUCGGGUCGCCGGUUGCCCGCCUCUGCCCGCAUAAUUUUGGAUCAUCUGCCAAAGAAACUCGAUACCCCGCUCGAGGCAGAUAACUCUAGCUCGGAAUUUCCCUCCCCUAACCGCACGAUGGUCCUCCACAAUCCCAAUAACUGGCAUUGGGUCAACAAAGAUGUUUCCCAGUGGACGAAGCAAUGGCUCCAGGACAGUUUGACCAGAAUUGAGGCGAAGAAAGGCGACGUAGAGGCCAAGAUUAGCAAGGUCCAGAGUAUGGAUGGUGACGUUGAUGUCAGCCAGAGAAAGAACAAAGUCAUCACUAUCUUCGACGUCCGGCUGGUCCUAGAAUAUACUGGAUCCGCUCCCGAUGCGGAUGAGAUUACUGGCACCAUCACCAUUCCCGAGGUCGCACAUGAUACCGCGGAGGAUGAGUAUGUGUUUGAAGUCGAUAUUAUCUCCGAGUCUAAGGAAAAGCAGCCCAUAAAGGACCUUGUUCGUUCCGACAUUCUCCCAAGACUGCGCCAACAAUUCCAGAAGCUUGCCCCGGCCCUGAUUGAAGAGCAUGGCAAGGAUAUACAACAUGCUGCUGGUUCUAAUCCUUCCAGCGGAUUCUCCACUCCAAAACUGCACCCUCAAGCUGCUUCGCCAAAGCCAACACAGCCUUCGACCGCGCCUACGAGCACCUCUGGCAUUGUAAACACCGUAACAGUGACCGACAAUGAAGAGUUCCGAACCACGGCAGACGAGAUGUAUCAAACUUUUGUCGAUCCCCAAAGAUUGGCCGCCUUCACUCGCUCCCCUCCCAAGGUCUUUGAGGGCGCAAAGAAGGGUGGCAAGUUUGAGCUCUUUGGCGGAAACGUCUCAGGAGAGUAUCUCGAGCUCGAGCCGGGAAAGAAAGUCGUUCAGAGCUGGCGUCUUGCUCAAUGGCCGGCUGGCCACUUUUCCAAACUCCAGAUUGAGUUUGAUCAGAACGACGUUGAUCACGUUACUGUGAUGCGGGUGACGUGGGACGGAGUGCCAACCGGCCAAGAAGAAGUCACCAAGAGAAACUGGCUGGAAUACUACGUCAAGAGUAUCAAGUCUACAUUUGGAUUCGGCACAAUUCUGUAA